CGCCAGCGCGCGACGGCGUCGAUACCGCGGGCCGGAGCAGGACGCCCCGUAAAGCCAUGACCCCACUGCACCGUGGCGUUGAGGUGGACGCCGCCGUGGAGCGCGUCGGCCGGGGUCCGUCUCGCGCCUCGCCUCACCUCGAGCGGCUGCUAUGCUGGAUUAAACGUCAUGGAGGCAGCUGAUCGGACUGCUGAACUGUCGUCAGGGUCAGUGAGGGCGCAAUGUCCUUCCCCAACGUACUGCCCGAGUCCAGGGCGUCGACGCCCGCGGCGGGCUCCUCCACGGUGGGGCGCCAGCUGGGGACGGCGGUGUCGGCCGUGAUCUCGGCCACGCGCUGGCUGCCCGCCGAGGAGCUGAAGCGGAACGCUGACCUGUAUCGUGACUGUGGCCAACUGCACCGCCGCUGCGGGCUGCUGGUCGUCCGGCUGCGCCGCCUGCUGCUCCACAUCGCAGGCACGCCGCCCGCCCCGGAGCCGGGCAUCCCAGGGUGCACCGUGGUCGGGAACACCAUCGACAUCCAGGAGCUGUCGGCGGCCGUGGACGAGGUGGUGUCCGUGUCCGCGGCGCUGGCCCGCGUCCGCGCCGCCGUGUCGCAGGCCGCUGCCCAGGUCUCGCAGGCCACCAACAGCGCCGAGGGCGGCGGGGGGCCCGGGGGCGGCGGAGGGUCGGCGCCGUGCGGCGCGGGCUGCGGGGCCGUGCUGGCCUACAAGCUGCAGUGGUGGCGGGGCCGCGUGUGGCAGGACCGCGUCACGCUGCUGCACCUCGUGCAGGCCAUCGUCACCGAGACCCUCUCGCACUCCACCCAGCACCCCGACUGGCCCGGCUGGCGAAACAUACUCCGGAUGGUGGCCGUGUACAACGACAUGCUGGGCCUGGGCUCCUCCGGGGACGGCAGUGUCGUCGGCGUGUGCAGGAACUCGUGCGCCACCCUGCAGCACCCGCUGCGCAAGCUGUCGCUCACCAGGAUCCUGCAGUUGUUGGCGCAGCAGAGGGCCGAGCGCUGCUGCCGCCAGCUGGUGCAGGGCCUGCUGGCCAGCUACCGGCCGCCGCACGUGCGCCCGUACCAUCGCCACCACGACCCGGCCAACCCGGACAGCCCGGGCUCCAGCUGCUCGCCGCCUCCGGACGACGACAACUCGAGCAUGGAGAUCUUCAGGGCGCUCACCCACCACCUGUCGCCGCCGCACGGGCUGACGCCGGUGGCGAGCGACGCGGGCUGCGCCGUGGUGCAGGGCCCGGUCAGCGGCGGCAGCGCCGAGGGGAAGCUCGACCUGGAAAGGAUCGUUCGCGCCGAGGACGCCCUUCUCGGCGGGCUCCUCCAGGCUGCCGUCCACCACGCUCCGCACCUCCUGGGCGCCGGCGCCGUCAAGAACUCCAAGACGACGGAUGAAAAGCGGCCGCGCGGCGGGGUACGGCGGCGCGCUCAGCAGUACUACCAGCAGCUGCUGUGGGGUGAGGUGGGCUGCGUCGUCGAGCACGUGCUCCUGUGGUGGGGAGCCGGGAGCGCCCGUCGCGGGCCACUGGGCGCCGAGCCCCCCGAGCACUGCCACCACCUGCGCGCCUGGCUAAUCAAGCUCACCAAGUCUUCUGCCGUGCCCGCACUGUGCCUCGGCGCGCUGCAGAGCCUCGUGGACUCGCUGGGCGUCCACGUCACGUCGACCUCGUGGGACGUGCUGUUCCGGCGCGCCAUCGUCGCGGCCGGCCACCAGCACUGCCGCUCGCGGGCGCCGCGGCCGGGGGUGGCCCGCGGGCCGACGGCGACGGACGCCGAGGACGAGCAGCAGGAGGCGGGGCGCGGUGACCUGGAGGCCGGGGUGCGAGGCACCGCGACCGGCCGCCUGUUUGCCGCCACGCUGGCUGACCUGGUGGACCUGUCCAACCACUGCGAGGGCGACGGGCCCGCCAGCGCCGCGCCGCCUCUGGACGAGAUCGAGGCCCUGCCUCUGGUCGAGCAGAUACCCCUCCUCCAUAGACUGGACCACUCGGUGCACACAACCCGGCUGUGGACGGCCGCCCGCGCACGCCUGCUGGCCAGCUCGUGGACGCUGGCCGCCUUCUUCCUCGUCAGCCAGCGCGACGUGGCCAACUGCCUGUCCGAGCUCAGCAGACUCAAGCUCCGGGACCACGGCGACCUCCCUCGCACAGCCAGCGUCCACGUCACCGUCUGCAGCAAGAUGAGGGCCAAGCUGGUCUCCGAGGUCAAGGAGAACAUCAACAAGCUCAAACGCGUGCCGGAAGAGUCCAUCUCGGUCUUGGCGUCCAUCUGCCGGACGGUGAGCCUCGCCACGUUGCACAUGAUCUUCCCCGCGGCCCGCUACUGGCGCCAGAACGGCUCAGGAGGCAUGCCCGAGUACGCCACCGCCUACGUCGAGGACUACUUAGAGCGCGUUCUGCGGCCGGUGCUGGCGGCGAGCGGGCUGCUGACGGCGAGCGUGCAGCUGACGGUGGGCGGGCUGGUGCUGCGCAUAGCGUGCGAGUCGUGGCUGGACCACAUCUACACGCGCCGCAUCAAGUUCAGCGAGUGGGGCGCGCUUCAGCUGCUCACCGACUUCGGCGCCGUGCCCACCUGGCUGUGCGAGCGCGUGUCCCUGCCGGCCGAGCUGCGCGCCUCGCUGCUCCGCCACGAGGUGCUGCGACGCUGCGAGGGCGUCGGCCGCCUGCUGCUGCGCCGUCCCGGGGAGCGCGUCGCCAUGUCCGGGCACGCCGCCGCCCCUGGCCCCUCCUCGACGGCGCACCCCGCCCUGGCCGGCAGCACGCCGGCGGGCCGCUUCGGCCAGACUGGGGACCAGGGCGGCGGCGCGGGAGGCAGCGCGGGGGGCGGCGGCUCUGAAGCCCUCAUGCCCGCCGAGAUGUACGUGCCAAACCAGGAGCAGUGGCUCGAGCUGCGCGCGCCGCGCGGCCCCGGCAACCGGGUGCGCGCUCAGGCGCACGGGCUGUGCGCCGCUACCCUCUGCUGCAUGCUGCCCGCCGCGGCGCCCAGCUGACCCGCCGCCCAUCACCACCCCCGCCGCGCACCCGCCUGACCCAUACUUCGACUUUACGAAGCAGCAAUGAGCAAGUUCCUUGUGUUGCCAAGCGGAACGUGGUAUGUGUUUAAUGUGUCAUAUUAUUGCGUUACAAGGGGAAUAUUGGCAAGUAUGAGAACUACAAUGCAACCCCAGGGGCAGAACAAACAAAAUAUAACUUGUGUGACAGGGCUACGAAGAAAACAAGAGGCGAAGAAAAUGCUACGAAAGUGUGUAUUUAAUUAAACACUUUGUAUCAAAUACGUCAUAAAAAUAUAUAAAAAAUGAUUGUCACAGCAAAAA